AUGAAUGCCCUCGCCCAGGAGCAGCUCCAGCGCCAGGCUGAGUCCAUCCCGCUCCUGAAGCGCGAGAUCGAGCGCGAGUUCUACGCAUCGAUCAAGUUCUGCAACUCCUGCCAGCGGCCGGGUGAGUGGAAGAAGUUUUGUGGACGCUGCAAGGAGGCCUACUACUGCUCGCGCGAGUGCCAGAAGUGGGCCUGGCCGGUCCACAAAAAGCACUGCUACGCGCCGGGCGCGGAGCGGCCGCCGCGGCCGCCGCCGAAAAAGCCCGUUCCUAGGCCGAAGGCGGACGUGGUGCGGGAGGAGCAGGUCGACCUCACGGACAAAGCCUUGCGCGUCUUUUAUCUCGAGGGCUGUGGGUGUGUUGAUGCGGCGACGGAGAAGUGUCGAAGAGCGCUUCCCUUGACUUUUGAAAGAGCCUUCGUCACCGGCGCGACUGGUAGUACAGUGGUCCUCGAGGCCCCGGACAAGAAGCCACUACAAAGGGAGGACGUCCUCACUUUUCAUGUCGCCAAGGUGUUUGUUGAAAUGAAGGCGAAGCCCUUCUCCUUACCAGAGAAAUUCAUUGUCCCACUCACAAAGACGCCUCCCGUGUUACCUCCCGUGAAGUUGGACGAGGCGAUUCCCGUCGCGUUCGCGGGCUUCUGUGGGCUCGGCGAGGCCUUCGUCAAGGCUAUAACCUCGGACAAGACGCUUCUAUCAAAACUUGCGGGCACGGGUGCCGUGUCUCGAUUAGCAGGCUACGAUGAAGGCGACGUCCCGACGCCGUGCAAGGGCAUGCCUAGUGCGUGUCUGAUCUUCUUUGCCGGUUUGCAUGAUGAAUUUCCGGACCUACCGAAGUUGUUUGCUCAUGUACACGGUUCUUGUCGGAAUAAUAUUGUGGCCGCGGCGAUCGCCCGAAAGGCGCUGUUCUAUCGGGUGGAAGCUCCCGGCGAGUACGCGUCGCCCGUCGCCUCGAAGGAGUGCAUCGUGAACAGCCGAGGCGUCGCCAUCGACUGCGCGCGCGCGUUCGCGUCGGCGACGUUGUGUGAGCUCGCGGCGUUAAAUGAAAGGGAGCUCGAGGCGCGGUACGCCGUGGAGGUCGCGUCGACGUUGGAUUCUUCGGGUAAGUUGUGAGUAGUCUUCAUAGGCUAGCGGCCUGUAAGACACUAGGAAGCGGCAAAAAGUUGGGAUUGAAGUCCGAUCCGCCCGCUCCUGCGUAGAAUUCAGGAUCAGACGUGCACCCGAGCACGCUUGAUUCAGGAGACCGUCCCAGCCAUUUUUUCGGCGCUCGAGACAGCCCUGGACCACAAUAAAAAAUUUCCGAUCUGUAGAGGACGCCGGACGCCGCCUCUUGGACGCACGACGCGCUGGGGGCCAAAUGAAUGACGCCGUUACGACCUCCACGCGCAGGUCAAAAAAUCAUGGCCGAAGUCGCUACGCAACCCGCGACCGUGACUGGCACCGUCGUCGCCCAGCCGGCCGCCGGCGGCCUCACGCGCCGCAUGCCCACGUCCACGCUCGGUAUGGCCGGCGACUGGUCGUGUCCGCCCACGGCCGACCGCAAGCUCGACGCGUCGAAGAAGGACUUUACUUUGUGCGGCGCGCUCUGCUGUUCGUGGCCGGCGUCUUCGUUCUUCGAGACGAUGGUAUGGCCGUCGGCUUCACUGCAGCGACCGCAAUCGUCGUGCUGACCGUGGCCCUCUCGGCGAACGUCACGUUCUCGCGCCGCGCGGCCAAGGCGCAGACGAAGGUACCUCGAGUCCCGAAAACCGUGACGGAUCUCAAGUCGCACAAGUUCCCGCCCGCGGACAUGGGCGUGAACGGCACGGACGGCCACGUCUGCUGCAAAAAGCUGUGUUCCAAUUUCACGCCAGCCUCCACGCCAUCGACGCGGCGUCUGCUCGAUGGCGUGACUGGUUGAUUCCACACAGGCAAAAAGCCGUGGACCGCGUUCAUUGACCCCAUGGCGGAUGCUUGCAAUUGUGCCCCAUGGAUGAUCUACAAGCCGACCAAUUUCUGUAGCCAGACGGAGGGCGCGUGCACGAUGACGUGCGGGGGGGCUUGGUGCGUGCACGACGCCAUACCCACCGCAGCGCCGACGAGCGCGCCGACCUACGAGCCAACGAUCAGCGCGGCGCCGACGGCAUCGCCGGCCACCUACGCGCCGUCUCCCGCGCCGACGGCCUCACCGAUACCCGCUCCGACGGCCGAGCCCAUACCGGCUCCGACGGCGUCGCCGAUAUCGGCGCCAUCUCCGUCGCCGAUACCGGAGCCGACGAAGCAGCCCACCAUCGACCGCACCGUCGGGACUCCGUGA